AUGACCAGUUCGUCUUCUUCAAGCUCCAAAUCCACUGCCCGUAGGUCCGUUCACGGCGUCCCAAAAAAAUGUUGGUGUGUGAAAGGACUCAGCAUCUGGGCUUCAGAAACCAAGGAGAACUCAUUCCGAAGAUUUUACCGCUGCGAAAUCACCCUACAGAGGAAAUCUGAGUCCCACCUCUUUAAGUGGGAAGACGAAGCAAUACCUGAUGAAGUUAGUAUGGUGGAGGCCAAAGUCUUGGAUCUCGUCCACGACUUUCAGUCCCUCUCGAAGAGCGUGGCCCAAUCUAUAGAUGAAGCAACUCGACAGUUCAAAGAAGACAUGGAUGCUACUCUCAAUUCAAACAUGAAAACAACACUUCUCAGCAACAAUGGACCGGUUCAUAACUUCGGAGCUGCUGUUGGCAUUGUGUUAGCUAUCGCAUGCCUCUAUUGGAAGCUCCUCUGA